AUGUCGUGGGCUGACCUCCCAGAAGAGUUGCUAGAGAUCAUCUUGAAGCAGCCAACAUAUGCCGUUAAUCUUUACCACUACCGCGACGUGUGUCGUUCAUGGCGGUCCGUCGUCGACAAACAGUUAUGCUCGUCACCUCCGCAUCUACUUUUGUACGAAAAGCAAAACGGAGUUGUAAAACGCAUACGUUUGUCGGAUGUUUUCACCGGCGACUCAAGCAUCCUUGAAAUUCCGGAAUUCAAGGUACGUGAUGGGCGGAGCUUGGUCCUCAGGAGCGUCCACCCGUGGCAUCGUUGGCUGGUAAUGCACGGCACCACACCCAACUGUUACUCCGGCCGCAGCCGCAGCCACAGCCGCAACCGCAAGAAUCUCGCUCAUCAUAUCUGUCUCUAUAACCCAUUCUCAAACGCUCGGAUACGGCUCCCUGCGUUCACACUUGACCAAUCUCUUGACACCCUGAACCGCAAGUUCGUUUUCUCAUCUCAACCCACAAAUCCAACUUCAAUUGCUUUAGCCGUUCGUGAUGGGCGAUUUCUUGAGAAGUUGAUGUUUUUGAAACCAGGAGAUGAGGAGUGGACAACCUUUGUUAAUGGUAUUGAGAAGCGGAUAUGGGUUAUGGAUAUUAUAUGUUACAAGGGUGGCUUCUGUGCACUUGACUGGUACGAAAAUAUCAUACAAUUUGAGUUGAGCCCUGUUCCUCGUGUCAAAAAAACCCCAACUAAAUUUAAUAGAUCAAGUCAGGAUCCAGAUGAGUAUGAGGAUGAUUAUGAGUUUCUGGUGGAAUCUCUGUGUGGGGAUAUGUUGAUGGUUCAUGUAUUUUGUAACCUCCUGGAGACCAUAAAGUUCAAGGUUUACAAAUUGGAUUGGGAGAGGAUGGAGUGGGAUGAGAUCAAAAGAUUGGGUGAAGAAGCAAUUUUCUUGUGCUGUGAUGGAUCUGCGUGCAUACGAGCUGAUGACUCUACCAUAUACAAGCCUAAUUGCAUCUAUGAUAUCUUCCAUGGGGAUUUUCGGGUAUAUGACUUGGGAAAUGAAACUAUCGGAGUAAUGUAG